AAAUAGGGCUGCAAGCGGACAGUGUGAACAGACAUCAUUGGACACUUUUUAUUUACUUGUGUUCUUUGAGUGUUUGUCUGAGACUGAAAUAUAUUAGACUUUUAUUAUCAGGGUUCCCAAUUUCUAGUCUAAGAGAAUCACGUUUCCAAGUCAAGUUCUUUGCAUUUACUCUAAUAACAGUCAGGUGUGUUGAAACUAAACUCAGCAGGAAUGAGGAAGCUGCUUCACAGACUCACAGACACACCUGUUUUACACACGUCACUCAAACACAGAACCAGGAAACAGAAUCACGUGAGUUCAGGGAAAGAGAAACUGAAGUGUACUUGAGCUGUUGUGUGUUUGUGUCUCUAUGUUCAUGCAGUAAAAUGGCAGAAGCCAGAAUUUCUCAGGAUGAGUUCAUGUGUCCAGUGUGUCUGGAUCUCCUGAAGGAUCCAGUGACCGUUCCCUGUGGACACAGUUACUGUAAGAUCUGUAUUACAAACUACUGGGAUCAGGAGGAUCAGAAGAGAGUCUACAGCUGUCCUCAGUGCAGACAGACCUUCAGUCCAAGACCUGCUUUAUCUAGAAACACCAUCCUGGCUGAAAUGGUGGAGAAACUGAAGAAGACCAGACUCUCUGCUGACUGUGAGGCUGGAGCUGGAGAUGUGCAGUGUGACGUCUGUACUGGAAGAAAAUACAGAGCUGUCAAGUCCUGUCUGGUGUGUCUGGAGUCUUACUGUCAAACUCAUUUUGAACGGCACGAGGAGUUUCGCUCAGGAAAACCACACAAAGUGACUGAAGCUACUGGACGACUGCAGGAGAUGAUCUGCCAGAAACAUGAGAAGAUCCUCGAGGUUUUCUGUCGCACUGAUCAGAAGUGUAUAUGUCUGCUGUGUACGAUUAUUGAACAUAAAAACCAUGACAUUGUACCAGCUGCAGACCAGAGGACAGAGACACAGAAGCAGCUGAAGGAGACGCAGAAGACGCUCCAGCAGAGAAUCCAGCAGAGAGAGAAAGAUCUCCAGCAGCUGAGAGAGACUGUGGAGUCUCAUAAGCGCUCUGCACAGACAGCAGUGGAGGACAGUGAGAGGAUCUUUACUGAGCUCAUCCGCUCCAUUGAGAGAAGCCGCUCUGAGCUGAUACGACUGAUCAGAGAUCAGGAAAAGACUGAAGUGAGUCGAGCUGAAGAACGACUGGAGCGACUGGAGCAGGAGAUCGAUGAUCUGAGGAGGAGAGACGCUGAGCUGGAGCAGCUUUCACACACACAGGAUCACAUCCAGUUCCUGCAGAGUUUCCAGUCUCUCUCAGCACCUCCUGAAUCUACAGACGUAAAUGAUGAUCUCUUCAGUUCUCUCUUCUCUUCUGAUGCUCUGAGAGAAUCUGUCCAUCAGCUGAGAGACAAACUGGAGGAUUUCUGUAAAGAGCAGCCCAAGAAGAUUUCAGACAGAGUCACAUUCACCAACAUUGAUCACUGGACCAGGAACGACUUCCUACAAUAUUCCCAUCAGUUCACUCUGGAUCUGAACACAGUGAAUAAAUACCUCUCUCUGUCUGAGAGAAACAGAGUGAUUACAUUCACUUACACAGUCCAGUCGUAUCCUGAUCAUCCAGACAGAUUUGAUGUGUGGUCACAGGUGUUGUGUAGAGAGAGUGUGUGUGGACGCUGUUACUGGGAGAUUGAGUGGAGUGGAGAUAGUGUGUGUAUAUCAGUGUCAUAUAAGAGCAUCAGCAGGAAGGGACGGGGUAAUGAGUGUUGGUUUGGAUAUAAUGAUCAGUCCUGGAGUUUGUACUGCUCUUCCUCCAGUUACUCAUUCAGACACAAUAACAUAAAGACUGAUCUCUCUGUAGAGUCCAUCAUCAGGAGAAUAGGAGUGUUUGUGGAUCACAGAGCAGGAACUCUGUCCUUCUACAGCGUCUCUGACACAAUGAGCCUCAUCCACACAGUCCACACCACAUUCACUCAGACGCUCUAUCCUGGGUUUGGGGUUUAUGAAGGAUCAUCAGUGAAACUGUGUUGAUGAAUCAGAAUAGAUCGAUGAGAGAUUUUACCCAUAAUGCUUUGAGCUGCAUGAUGAAUCAGUAACAGUGAGAUGUUUAAGAGUCUCUUCUUUUCUCUUCAUGACAUUAAUACUGCAGCUGAACUUCUGUCAGUGAAAUAACAUCAGGAUAAAUAUAUAAUAAAUCCUCGUACAGAAAAUAAGAUCAGUGUGUGUGUUCAAGCUUUGUGUUAGUUUCUAUGAUCUGUUUAAAUGCAAUAAGACGAUGUUUUUUGAACCUGCAGUUUUCUUUCUUUCACAUUUUAGUACUGUACUUUUCCCACAUCUUCCUGACAUAAUUAUUUGUUUUAUGAUUUUUGGACAGUGUUGUCUCAUUUAUACUUUUCCAAUUAUCAUGACAUCAUAUACUACUUUCUCUUGUACAGUAAUUUCUCAUACCAUUUUUCCCUAUUAUACAAUAAAGAUAUGACUUAAUAUGAAAACUCUGUUUUGUUUUUUUUGUGCCUUUAGUUUUAAUUUUAUUUUUAUUUAAGUACCACAU